GGUAAACAUGGGGGUAAACCUUCAUCACAAGUACCCCAGCUAUCGUCAAGUUUAACCAGACAAUGAUAUUCAACUCUGUCUGAUACAUAGAUGUAUACUAUAUCUCUAUGGUCUGAUAUGAUGCACGGGCUUGAUAGACGGAGCUUUUAACCUUAAUUAUUUCCGAAGUUGACGCAAUCAAUCAUAAUAUACUUAUUGCAUUCAUCGAUUGUUCGGCUGGAAAGGAGCACUGGAAUAGUAGCCAAAAUGUUCAAAGCUGUGAAAUUGAGGGAAGUGCUGAGGUGCGGGCCGCAAGUCCGUCAAGUUCGCCUCGCAGAUCCAAGGCCAAGUCUGAGAAGUUUAUGUGAUGAUGAACGCAGCAGUAGCAGACGACAGCUGAACGAGCCCCUCAGUGGAAUAACUUUCCCGCGUGUUGGAGGGAUCAGCACCAUGAUGAGAUUACCAUAUCAAACAGAUACUACAGGUUUAGAUGCCUGUUAUGUCGGAGUUCCGUUGGAUAUCGGGACAUCGUACAGGUCUGGAACCAGACUUGGUCCUCGACAGAUCCGCUACGAGUCAUUUGUUCUUGGCCCUUGUAACUACACAGGCGCAGCCCCGUUUGAGUCUCUCCAGGUCGCCGACAUCGGGGACGUCACUCUUAACCUGUAUGACCUUAAGAAAUCUUGUGAGAUGAUACGACAGCAGUAUGCCACCAUCAUUGCCAACGGAUGUAUACCGUUAACUCUAGGAGGGGACCACACCCUGACAUAUCCCAUCCUUCAAGCAAUUAAGGAUAAGUAUGGUCCGGUAGGCCUAGUCCACAUCGAUGCCCACGAUGACGUCGCGGACUUGAUGUUUGGGGAGAAGAUUGCUCAUGGUACUCCCUUCCGUCGGGCAGCAGAAGAGGGGUGCUUGGAUCCGAAGAGAGUCAUUCAGAUUGGAUUAAGGGGGUCAAACUAUAGCCCCCCAAACAAGCUCUAUCAGUUUCAAGAAGAGAUGGGAUGGAAAGUUGUUCCUGCUCAUCGGUGCUGGCAUAAAUCCAUGGAUCCAUUGAUGGAGAAAGUACGGGCAAUGAUGGGAGCUGGUCCAGUCUAUCUCUCAUUUGAUAUUGAUUCCAUAGAUCCAGGACUAGCACCAGGAACAGGUACUCCAGAAAUAGCUGGUCUGACAACGAUCCAGGCAUUGGAGAUCGUAAGAGGGUGCAAGGGCCUAAAUUUGGUUGGAGCAGAUCUGGUAGAGGUAUCGCCUGCUUACGAUGCAGUCGGGACGACCGCCCUGAUUGGAGCCAAUCUUCUAUUUGAAAUGCUGUGUGUACUUCCCGGUGUUGAAUACUACGACAUCGAAGAGUUUAUAUAAUAAACACAUCAAUGUUAUUUAGAAUCAUUCACUCUUAGAAAAAAAGUGCGAAUUUGUAGCCUCGAGAAAAAAAGGGUCCUAAUAUGUACGAUCUCAAGAACCAAUAGUACAACCUUAAAACGUUUUAAGUGGCUGUUUAGGUUAGAACAUAUUAGGGAACCUUUAAAGGUUCCAAAUACAGGACAAGCAUAUAGAACCCUCUAAGAACUUUUUUCCGAAUAGUAUCAGGUACAUGCUUUCAUCAAAGCCAAUCAGAAGAAACUUACUAGAUGGGAUAUUUCUCCAAAUUUACGGCAGAUUCAAGAGUAUAAUUUCAUGUUGAGCUGAACUUUUACAAUAACAGAGGAGGAUCUACGUGUACCAUUCAAAUUUUCGAAUAUGAGAUAUUAUCACAUUCUUUCAAAAUAUAUAUGGUAGCUCUUGAUUGAAGAUGAAGUGGAGUUGUAACAACAGAAGAAAGAAAGGUUAGAAUUUAUUCAGAAAGUACAAAGUAAAAAAAAUAUUGGGUAAAUUUUCAACCAGCACGAGGGUAAUUAUGUGUCCAACCAAUUUGGGUCCGUAUUUUACCCAAUGCGGGAAGCAAAUUGUCCAGUGAAGUUAAAAAAAUAAGCAGCAAUUACUUUAGAAUGGGCAAAAUUUUCAUCACACUGAAUGAAUAAAAAUGCCCAAAAGAAAAGCCCAAUGUUGGUUGGACACAUAAUUACCCUCAUGGAGCACUUUUACCCAAUAUUUUUUAGAGUGUAGUCAACUUAAAAAUAUGCUAUUGGCCUGUAUGGCUAAACAAGAUUCUCAGACUGGUUGAUGCCUUGCUUUCAAAUUAAAAAUAAGAAAUAAAAUAUACGUCACAUCUUGAGUACAACUUCAUUUGAGCAAAAAGAACAAAAUCCAACGAGCGUAAGACUGACAAAUCCAUGAAAAUAAUAAAUAAGAAAAAUAUCACAUUUUAGAGUUUCGCUUAAUUUCACAAAACAUUAUACGCACAAUAAAAACACUAUGUAAAAUGUAAAACACUAUUUUAUUUAAUGGUGGGGGAGGGGGGAUUUUAUUAUACAAAGUAUCAAUCAUUUCAUAUUUAUUCUCUGUAAAGUAAAAUAUAUUUUUUUAACUUUUAUAAAAAUGGAAAUUUUGAAUUGAUAAUGUUAUAACAAUUAUGAUUCAAUCAAUAAGAGCUCCUAUUAUCUAACAUAGGCGCAAAAAUUAAAAAACCUUAAUAUUUCAUAUUAAUAAAAUACAAAGAAAUAAAGGGUGACAUCAGUGACCUCCCCAUUUUGCAAACUUUACACUUUAUGAUGUGCAUUAUCUGUUAUAUCGGACAUUUAGCAAACCUUCGAGUCGUACUUUACGUCCAAAUUUGAUCUUCUGAAUAUACGAUGGAUUUUUUGGAUGAAUUAAGUUUUGAGUCUUCACUUAUUCAAAUCACUCUGUUUUGGGGGCAGAUUGGCCAUUGUUAUAGAUGUACGAUGGUCUAUGUACUUGAAAAUCGAUUAUGGAUGGACUCAUUUAUACACUCUUAUGCCCGAAUCUUUCCACAUGGAUAAGUCAUUUUGUGCACACUUAUAGCAGUCACUCAUGACACAAGGGCCUUAUUAUAUUCAGCCAUCAAUAUUUGACGAAAUCUAACCAUGCAUGGUCUUAUUGUUCUUCAAGUUGAGUGUUCCACUAUAAUAAGAAAGAAAUUUGGACAAUGGUCAACCCCCCCCCCCCAUACAGUCACUUGUCUCAUCAUUUUAAAUUUAUGCACAAAGAGCCAGUCAAUCACCUCUUCUUGAAGUCGGCUGUUUUAAAUGUGCCAUUCUUCUCACGUUAUAUUGUUUUUCAUGUUUUUCCACCUAUCAUUUAAUGCAUUAGCUCUUUUAUAAACGCAUAAUAUUCUUAUGUCAUUUGCCUUUACAAACUUGUAAACAUGCAAGUUCAAGGUGUGGCUGUUUUUUUUCAUGUGCGCGACAAUAAAUAUGUUUGAUCAUCAAUAAAUACCUUUUUCUAAUUGAAUUUAAUUAAAAAUGAUAGAAAAUUGAUAGUUAUCUGAGAACACAUUACAUUUUGUGCAUUUAGAGCAGUCACUCUCGAAUUACUUUUCGUGGAGGUGUAAAAAAAUGAAUACCUCCUCAUUGAUAUCAUAAUGGAUAGGACUGUAGAGUAUUCUGUGAGGACAGACUGAAAUUUGGAACUUUAAAACAUAUCAUACCGUUAUAGAUUGAAGACUAGACUCUUAACUCUGUGUCAAAUGAGAGUAUCCGCAGAGAGAUAGUCUCACUAUUCUCCAGAGUUCAGACCUCGCAUUAUGCACUUUGCAAUAACCGAGUUUACGCCUGCAGACUAGCUUGUCCAUGCACUUCAACCACGAGCACCCUCGGACGAGCACAUUAUUUUCAUUUACCUGCUUUUUUACGAUCAAUGAAGCCCAUUAAUGUUCGGAACCACUUAUGUUGUUAUGUCAGGCAAUCGUCUGAGAGCUUCGUGUCAGUGUGUUUUAUAGAUUAUCACUUUAAAAUAGUGAUCAAUGAUCGUUCUGCUCAAGCUAAGGAAGUUUCUAAGAGCUGACUGGUUUCCAUGAUAAGUUUCAUUAUAUAUUCACUUUUCCUUAUAACAUAAAUCUUGUUCAAUAAAAUGCAAAUGGUUUUUAUA